UCCCCGGUCAAUUUAUCUACAGACCGGAAGUUCAUAAACACAUCUACACCGCUCAUAAUUCAAGAUGGCGAUUGGAAACUAAGGACGCAUUUGUUAUGAUUUGAGACUUCAUUUCGAUGUAAGAGGAAUAUGGUAGGAUUGAAACUUGUUGAAAAUUGGCACUGGACAGUGAUAUUAUAAAUUUAAUUUUGACUUUAAAUAAUAAGUUCUUUUUGUCAACAUGGAUAUGGUGGCAUAUAACCCACCCAGUUCAUUAUGGAGAUUAAUAGAAGAACAUAUUUCACCUCACGAAACUCAGGAAAUACGAAGUAUGCUGGGAGAAUCUUUGAUUGAACAAAGUUUAGAACUUCAUCAAGAGGUAGAAACAUUAUUAGAUAUUUGGAGAUCAUUUAGAGAAGAAUCACAGACAAAUCCUAAAUCAACAAAAUUACCUGAACCACCAGAAAUCAGAGAAAGGCUAAUACAAGAAAUUGUAUUUUUUGUAAAGGGAGUUAAAGACAAGGCUAAUAAUGGAGGAGUCGAUCCAGAAAAGAUUAUAUCUAAACAUAACUCAGGAGUACUUAAUUAUGCAUUACAGACUAGCAGAUCAGGCUGUAGUACACCAAGACCUCAAACAGCUAGAUCAGACAGUGGUAGAGAUACACCUAUGAUAUCAUCAUCAGUCAAUGAAAGGUUAAACAGUGAGGCUGAUCUAGCUAGUGAAGUGGUGUCUAUGAAUGAUAAAUUAAAUUUUCUUCAGUUUGAUGAGGUUGUUACAAGUUUAAGGGAUCAUUUACAGAAAGAAAUCGAGCAUUUAUUAAAAGAUAUUACAUUCCUUCAACAAUGUUUAGAGGAUGAAGCCUGUUUUCAAGAUGGCUGUAGUUCAUCUACGAUGGAAAGAGAACCUACUUUAUCAGAAUUGCGAGAAGAAAGAAGUUUAUUAGAGAAGGAGAUGUUAUCAUCGGAUGUCAACUCUACAAAGCCAGUUAUUAAUGGUGUUCGAAACCCAGUUCCAAGCUCCCCAGGCAGUGUCAAAUUCCGUCCAGCUCAACCCCUCUUACAUUCUAUUCCCAGUAAACCUAGUCCUCUUAAAGCUUCCCACCAAGUAACCCCAACCGUCCAAAAUAUACCAUGUCAUCCACAUAAAGAUAUUAAACAUGAAAAGUUGAAAACAAGAUCUCAUCACAGCAUCAGUCCUGGUCGAAUUAAAGUUGUAUCGGUCAAUAAAGUUCUAGAUCGCUAUGGUGACAGCCCAAGGACACAAUUAACCCCAUCACCACCUGGGACUUCUCGUAGUACUACACCACCAAGACCUAGUUCUGCUAUGAGAUUCCGUAAAAUGGUAUUGGAUUGUCGCGAAGGAGAAUAAUCACGCUACAUUCCUGGUAGAUAAUAAUAAACUCUUUGAAAUAAACAGUAUUAAUAUUGUGAAUUAUUGGGUUGUUUUUGAUGUAAAGAGAGCAUUUUGCGUGUUAAUGUGUGUUUCUGAUAUUUAGAAACUUAAGUAAUUCAUAACAUGGUUUGUGGAGACUCUAGGAGUUUGACUUCAGAUAAUACAACUUUUAAUAUAAUAUACUUCAGGUAUGAUUUUUGUGAUAUACAAAUUUGUAUUUUUUCUUGAAGAAGGAGUCAACUAGCACAAGGUAAAAAUUGUAUAUAUUUUAAGAUAUGGUAGUUAAGGAGAGAUAUUUAAAUACCUAUGUUGUGUAGCUAGAUAGAAGAAUAGUAGUUACAAUGUUAAAACUCUUUAUUGAUACAAUAUAUGUAUAUUUGUUAAGUGAUUUAUUUAUAUAUGUAGAUAAAGUGAGUAUAUAUAUUUAUAAUACAUAUAGGUUUAAUUGUUAUAUGUAAAUACGACACUGCUGUGU